AUGCACCCAAGAGACAAGAGAACCAAAACGUUCCCGAGCAGCCAGAGAUCCCCAAAUGUACCCGAGAGUACAGAGUUCCCCAAUGUACACGGGAGCCCAGAAAAGCCCAAUGUACCUGAGAGAACAGAGAUCCCCAAUGUACCCAAAAGACCAGAGAUCCAAAAGGUGCCCAAGCGGCCAGAGAUCCCCAAAAUCCCCAAUGUACCCAAGAGACCAGAGAAUCAAAAUGUACCCAAGCGGCCAGAGAUCCCCAAAGUAUCUGAGAGCCCAGAGAUCCCCAAUGUACCCGAGAUUCCAGAGAUCCCCAAUGUACCCGAGGGUCCAGAGAUCCCCAAAGUCGCUGAGAGACCAGAGAUCCAAAAUGUACCCGAGAUUCCAGAGAUCUCCAAAGUAUCUGAGAGCCCAGAGAUCCCCAAUCUUCCUGAGAGUUCAGAGAUACCCAAUCUACCCGAGUGUCCAGAGAUCCCCAAUGUACCCGAGGGUCCAAAGAUCCCCAAUGUACCCGAGGGUCCAGCGAUCCCCAAUGUAGCUGAGAUUCCAGAGAUCCACAAUGUACCCGAGAGCCCGAAGAUCCCCAAUGUACCCAAGAGCCUGGAGAUCCCCAAUGUAUCCGAGAAUGCACAGAUUCCCAGAGUACCUGAGUGCCCGGAGUUCCCCAAUGUACCCAAGAGUCCGAAGAUCCCUAAUGUACCUGAGAGUCCAGAG